CAUAGGUGCAACUGCAGCCUACUGUCUGAACUGAACUCCGUUUUCCCUUUAAUCCAGGCGAAGAUGGCGGUCAAUGAGACAGCUGCACAGCUCUCCAUGGCCCUGAAGGUUCAAGAAUAUCCGACAUUAAAGGUACCAUAUGAGACUUUGAAUAAGCGUUUCCGAGCAGCCCAGAAAAAUAUUGAUCGGGAGACCAGCCACGUAACCAUGGUGGUAGCUGAACUGGAGAAAACCCUCAGCAACUUUCCUGUUGUUGACUCUGUGGUAUCACUACUCGAUGGCGUGGUGGAGAAGUUGAGUGCUCUCAAACGGAAGGCUGCUGAGUCCAUCCAAGCAGAGGAUGAGAGUGCUAAACUGUGUAAGCGGCGGAUUGAGCACCUGAAGGAGCACAGCAGCGACCAGUCAGCUGGAGUUAAUGUGUGGAAGAAGAAGCGCAUGGACCGCAUGAUGGUCGAGCACCUGUUACGCUGUGGUUACUACAACACGGCUGUGAAGCUUGCACGGCAAAGUGGUAUCGAGGACUUGGUCAACAUUGAAAUGUUUCUCACCGCAAAGGAAGUGGAGGAGUCUCUGGAACGACAGGAAACUGGCACUUGUUUAGCAUGGUGCCAUGAUAACAAGUCACGGCUUCGCAAGAUGAAAAGCUGCUUGGAGUUCAGUUUGAGGAUUCAGGAGUUUAUCGAACUCAUCCGACAAAACAAACGCAUGGAUGCUGUCAGACAUGCACGGAAGCAUUUCAGCCAGGCUGAAGGUGGGCAGUUAGAUGAAGUGCGGCAGGUGAUGGGCAUGCUUGCCUUUCCCUCCGACACACACAUUUCCCCCUAUAAGGAUCUGUUGGAUCCAGCUCGCUGGAAGAUGCUAAUUCAGCAGUUUAGAUAUGAUAACUACAGAUUACACCAGCUGGGCAACAACUCUGUGUUCACAAUCACACUUCAGGCUGGACUCUCUGCCAUCAAAACCCCCCAAUGCUAUAAGGAAGAUGGAUCCUCCAAAAACCCAGAUUGUCCAGUGUGCAGCAAGUCUCUAAACAAACUGGCUCAACCACUACCCAUGGCCCAUUGCGCAAACUCACGGCUAGUCUGUAAAAUUUCAGGCGAGGUCAUGAAUGAGAACAAUCCACCUAUGAUGCUGCCCAAUGGCUAUGUAUAUGGGUACAAUUCACUUCUAUCCAUUCGCCAAGAUGACAAGGUGGUUUGUCCCAGAACCAAAGAGGUCUUCAAUUUCUCUCAAGCUGAAAAGGUGUAUAUUAUGUAGUGGGAAUUGUCCGGACGUGAAUCUGAGGAGCAUCUGAUGUAAUUCCAGUCAAGGGCUUGAAAAUGAAACCAUUCAGUUGUGACUGAAUCCAAGAAACUAUUUGCUCCCAUGCCAUGUUGCCCAGACUUGAUGGAGGUGGGAUAGGAUGGGGUGGGGUAUGAGUGUG